AUGCAGAACUUCUGGAUCAAAGACAAUUACCUUUUUCAUACCCCCGAAGUUGAAUUUAGCAACCGAUGUGCGUUGCGGGUGACCACGGUUCUCGGAAAGGAGUACCUGUGGACCUGCUCGGAGAACUUCAAUGAGGCGUACUUGUACGGCGAUCCCAUGGGGGUGAUCCCCUAUUUUUCCAUCUAUCAAGACGCAAGGGAUGAAAAGGGGAGGAUUAGCGAAAUCACCUUUACGCUGAGCAUCCCGAUCAAUAACCUUGGGGAUAUUCUUUCCGAAGCCGGCCAGGCGGCCUCAUCGACGGAUCCGUCCACGGAUCCCGUCUUCGACGCCGUCAGCCACGUAGAAUUUCUCCCGGAGUUCGUUUAUCGAAUCCAUCAUCCGCUCGUCCGGCUGAACAUGACGGCCGCCCCACUGUUGCGAUUUACCCGACCCCUUUUUCACUCCCCAACGGGAACGGCCUCCCCUCUCGCGUCGAAUUCCGGCCCGCUUUGCGGAUUCACCGAGGCGGAUCUUUGGUUUCAUUCAACCGUUCGUCUUCCCCGCUCGACCUCACGGAAGGAGAGGGGGCACCACGCGCUCGAACGCAGCCCUUUCGUGGAGGACGCGACGGAGCUUGCGGUGUUGUACGAUCUCCCUUCCUUCGCCCGACGCUACACAUCGCGAGCGCAACGCGUGGAAACGCGAAUGAUCACCGAAACGUCCGGUGGGCUUGGGCUUUUCGCCGGGGGUGAAACCGUGCGAGGGGUUUGGCAGGAUUCCCAGCUUCUCCACGCCUUCACGUGGCGGAUUCGUCUUCGGGUGCAGCCCGCGCAACUUUUUUAUCGCCCUUCCUUCGCGGAGGCUCUGAAGUCGGCGUGGGUGCAGUAUUUCGCGAUCGCGUACGUGAUUCAAUGGGUGUUGUGGUGGGUGCGUGGGUUCGUGGUGGUGAAUGGGGUGGUGGAUACGCGAGCCGUCUUCACGCGAAGGAUUCAUUAA